AACGACGUUAAAUAAAGCCGUCUAAAACGACUUCACUCUUUUCUCCGCUUCCUGCCCUGAAAAUACUUAAAGAAACGAAAGUUAAAACGAAGAACAAAGCAGCCUUAUUUUAAAACACUCUGCUCUCUAUUUACAAAUACGCCGCCGUCUAUCGGAGCUCAGAGAGGUCUGUGAAGCCGGUUGUUUUCCUUAUGCAGUAACACCUAUGCUAAUUUUGAUCGAGUUCAUUUUCUGGGCAAUGUGAAUGGUGGUUGUUUGAAUACUUUUAGAGAAUUAGUUUGUCUUGGGGUGGAUCAUGGGGGCUGCAUGUUGUGUUGCUGCUAGAGACAAAACUAUCGUAAAUGGAUCAGGUAGUGAGGUUUUACAUAGGAAUAUAAGGUAUUCUCCAACUUGGAGUUUUCGUUGGGAUAACCGAGGGCGUGUAGCUGGUGAAGACACUUCUAUAAGUUGGUUUUCGGAUGCAGUUAGUCGGAAUGAUGGAUCAGAGAUCAAAUAUGAAUCUGCAUGUGCAUCAGAGGAUGGAAAUUCAUCCGAGAGUUUUCAGUCUCGUACGUGGCAAAAGUCCCCAACUUCUGAAGGAACUGCUGGACAUGCAAGAACUCCUGCUUCAGAUCAAUCUAUUUCUAGAAAUAUCUCUGUUGAUGUGAACUUAGAGCAGGUGAAGGAGUCGGUAGAAUCCCCUGUGGCUUCUUACCCGUCUCCCUCAAAGUUAUCACAUUCUUUGCCAUCAGCUUCCUCGUUGGCAACAUCCCCUUUGUCUUCCCAAAGUCAUGUGCACCCUACUGGUUCAACAAUAACGAGGUGGCCUCUCAGAUCUCCUGGACAUCAUCUAUUGCGACAAGUAUCUGAUAACCGAAUUCUAGGACUAAAGUCACCUAAUGGAUACUCAGUUGGUGAGGAAAGGCUUGUAAUGCCUUCAUGGAGCAAUGAAUCAACUGGGGGCUCUCGGGGUGGUUCUUCUGAUGGUUGGUCUAUGCAGGCCCUUUCUGAAUUUAUGCCUCCAUCUCGUAGGGAAAGGUGGUCUUUUGAUAAUGACACAUGGGGUUUCCAACGUGAGAAAAUAAGCAAACCCAGUGGCCGAAUCUCUGCACCGCCGUCUGUUGAUCUGCAAACAUGUGGUGUUUGCUCCAAGCUGUUAUCAGAAAAAUCUUUGUGGAGCACUCAGAAGAUUAUUAUUAGCAAUGAUCUUUCUGUUGUUGCAGUACUAACUUGUGGCCAUGUUUACCAUGCUGAAUGUUUGGAAAAUAUGACCCCUGAAAUUGACAAGUAUGACCCUGCUUGUCCAAUAUGCACUUUGGGGGAGAAGAAGACACAUAAAUUAUCUGAGAAAGCAUUUAAAGCAGAAAUGGAUUUUAAGGCCAAAAUCAACAAGAAAUCAAGGAGCCGGGUUGUUGAUAGUGAUAUGGACGUGGAUCCUAUUGUAUUUAAUCGUCUGAAAAGCAGUGGACAUGAAGGGAAGGCCUCCAGUUCAAGCAUGAAAAGCUCCUUGGGCAAGCCUUUCCUGAAGAAACACUUCUCCUUUGGAUCAAAGGGAAGUAGAUCCCCUUCAGAGAAUCAUUCUAACUGGAAAAAGGGAUUUUUCUGGGCCAAAUCUAGUAGGAUCUAAAUUUCUUGUCUGCUGUUAGAAGUUGUGUUGGAUAUAUAGGGCUUGCACAUGGUGGUGCAGGAUGCUAUUCUUGAAGAAUUCUUGACUUCUGAAGUUUUUCAACAGUGUCAUAUCUCAUGGGACUCGCACUGUAAAGAAGAAAAAUGGAAAUUAUAGGUGAAAAAAAAAUAGGCUCAACAGGAAGAAACGUUUAAACAAUGAAAUAUAUAAAUAUAAUAUAGUAUAUAUAUAUGAUAACAUCAGUGAUGAUGUUCUUAUUUUGUACAGACUGAUCUGGUGUCUUGUUUCUUGCUUGGAUUGCAUUCAUACACGAAUUGAUUCAAUAUGAAAUCCCUGUGUGGUUAAUUGA